CAAAUUGGAUGCCAACCGCCGUUAAACCUCGAAGAAAAAGGUGUGAUAGUAUUUAACGACUUACGCGAGCCAGUUCACUUUUCCCAGGGAGGCGUCAACAAAGUUUCUGAGUGAGAUAACAUGGAAGACAACAACAACCAAGUGAAGAGAAAGUGCCAUCAGAAAGGGAAUAAUGGAUUUAGAACGGACCGUGUGGUUGUGCGUAAAUUCGAAAGCGCUGACUAUCCGGACGUCGAGCGCAUAUUCAUUGACGGGCUGAUGGAGAUGGUUCCGGAUACCGCGUUUAGAGGGUUAAAACAUCACCCUGAGAGCCUGCUCCUGUACGCCGCUAUGACAAUUGUUUGUUUUAUUGCGACCAAGUCGUUCUUGCUGACUUGUUUGGUGCCUCUCGCUGUCCUGUGCGCGCGCUGCUACUACAGCAGGAGAGUUGCCCUUGGUUACCUGGAGCGCGCCAAACUCACGGAUAUGGGCGACAUCGAGGGACAUUACAUGAAAACUCCAGACUCCUGUCUGUGGGUUGCAGUGCUGGAGGGCAGUGUGGUGGGUUUAGUGGCGGCCUGUGCCCUGCGGGGGGAAGCUGGCACUGUGGAGCUGCAUCGCAUGUCGGUGGACCGGCGCUGUCGGCAACGUGGGGUUGGCGUUGCCCUCGGGCGGAAGGUUCUACAAUAUGCAGCGGACCGUGGCUACCUCUCUGUCGUCUUGGGAACCACGGCCUACUCGCCGGCUGCUCACCAGCUAUACCAGACUCUGGGGUUCCGAUGUGUCGGCGUCACCAAGGGAUACGCCACGCCUGGCGUGAGCUGGUCAGUACCGGAGCAGCUCUUCUACCGGGUCAGUCAUCACCACUACCGGAAGGACAUGACCGUUCACAAUACUAACACUCACAGCCAGCAGUGAACACGGAACAGGGAUGGAGCACAGCACGGAACAGGGAUGGAGCACAGCACGGAACAGGGAUGGAGCACAGCACGGAACAGGGAUGGAGCACAGCACGGAA